AUACACACGUGUUUGUUGUGAAAGCUUGUGGUGUCUUGUUGGCAACGAAGAAGCAGAUUAUCUCAUUAAUCCCAACUGGAAUAAUUACACCUUUGUAAACAUCGUAGCAACAUUGUUCAUUUGGACAAUGGGAGGUUCUCGCACGGCUGGAUUCACUACGAUCGUGACUCGUGUAAUAGGCGGAGGGCAAGGAGGAGAGCUUACAUUGCGGAUAGCAAGAACGUCCUUUGCCCUACAUCGCAUCAAACUGGUACCUGUUCGUCAACCAAUCUCUCAAGUUAAAAGUAAUAUGUCUGUUUCUGCGGUAGAGCGGCUUGUACUCAGCACACGAAGACGAGCGUUGACUGGUUCAAGCAUCCAUGGUCUAAGCAUGCCAAAAGCCUGCCGUAAGCUUGUUUUUGAGCCAACUUCGGACCAGAACGAUCGCGAUGAGGAAGCCGCCAGGGAAGAGCAAUCUGAUUAUCGUCAAGAGAAUCUUCAGAGGCAGAUAGAGAGAUGGGGAUUCGACUUCAGAACGGGCCGGCCUCUUCCAAAUGGCCGAAUGGAAUGGGACGCUGUUCCCGAGGAGAGGGUUGCCUCAUACUACAGAGAAACAUGUCUCAGGAGUCCACCUCGGAGAAAUCUACGUUCCAGGAGGAAUAUCAUGUCGGCGAGAACAAGUGAGUCUUCCGAACCUCAUCCAGCCGAAAACUCCACCGUAAGGGAGGGACAUGCGAAUGCAAGUCUGUUCUUGCCGGCAUCAGAUGAGGAGGGGGAAUCCAGAGUGUCGGGGAGAUCAGAAACCGAAACGGCAUCUGUCGCGGUUUCUACAUCAAGUUCAACCACCCAUAGUAGUGAAAUUGAAGGAGCCUCAAAUUCUAAUUCUAAUAACCAUGGAUGCAAUAAUGGAUUAUUAAAUUCAUCUCCAUCUACAUCAGUGGCCAAGAUGACCCAAUCUCACAUAGAUGAUUUCUUCAACCAACGGAAAAGAAGGAGAAGUUUAUCAGAGGGCAACGGUGCAAAGCGGGCAAGGACCCAAGACCAUCUGGACAGACCACAGUCCGCUCCGGCUGUCACGUCUUAGCAACACCAAAACUCUAUAAAAUUGAUUCAUCAAAACGUGUGUGUUAAAUGGGGUCAGAGACGAUAAGUUCACUUCAGAAUUCAGCUUGUUUACGCCAUCACUCUCACUAGUCUACUAAGUCAGCCCCUCUGUUUCUGCUAACGGUGGUUUUUAUCAGACCAGGCCAGGGCCGAGAACCGGACAGAUUUCGCAGGCAUCGUUACCACUAUACCAGAGACUCUAGAUCGAAAAGUGUGGGAAAGUGCCUCUUUUGGAGAAAACCCCCUCUGGACUGAUGAAUGGGGUCUGGUGUAGAAACUACCAGUCUAAUACUAUAAAAAGCCUGGCUUAAAGCCAGAUAAAAGGACACUUCAAACUGCACAGCUGAAUAACAAUGCAAGAUUUUGGCAACCUGCCAUUGUACAAUAUUUCAUGUGUAUAUGUGUGUGGGAGCCAUUACCUGCCAGGUUAAGACUGUUUUCAGAUGUCAUUGUGAACUUUGGAUAAAGAUCAAUUAUAAAAACUAAAACUCCUAGGGUAUAGUUGUACUUAUGUUGUCUUAAGGAAAGUAUCCCCUCCUUACAACCAGCUUUACAUUAAAUAAACCAGGUCUAGUUUAUGCCAUGAAAUGGAAAAGGGUUUGCGAGCAAAGACUAGGCUCCAAAGCCCGCCAAAAUGCUUAUCACGUGAUUUGGACGCGUACGCCCAUCUCGAGGCCUAAGAGGUCACAGGGUCAAAGCGAAAAACCUGACAAACAACUUGUACGACUACCCUGGAUCCCACUCCCAGGGACGUCUUGUGAAAAUACUCCGCUGAGAAAAAUAACCCUCGAUGCAGCAAAGCACAGAUGAUAAACUGGAAAUUUAUGAUUUCGGUUCCUUCUGAUUCAAUCAAUUCUCUCAAUUGUUGACUUUAUCUUUUCCCCUAUGAAUAACGUAAACUUUGCGCCCCAGUUUGUGAAUCUUUUUCCUAUCAAACUUCCCCUUGCCGUCGUCGCGAUUUCUCCUCUUUUUUCCAUCUCACUUCAAAUUUUGAAAUUAUACUUUUUGAAACAACUCAAACAUGGACUUUUUCCUACUUUCCGAACAAGAGUUCGACUGUCGUGUGAUCACAUGUUCUGGGAUCCCCCCCCCCCCCCUGUAUAAGCAUGGUCGGCAAACUUGUCACGAUUUCCGCUUAUCUUCGUGGCAUCCGUCUGUGCAAAUCUCUCUGUUUUCGAUUUUCAAAAAAAUAAGUUGUUUUUGUUGAUUGAUCGCCAUGGGAACGUGUCUUAACAAUAUGCAGGGAAGAUAUUAACUGAGGGUAUGAGGACAUUUCCCCCCUUUUCUUUCAUUGUUUCGUUAGAUGUUUUAUUCUUAAUUAUGUAUGCGAACAUAGCGGUGUUGCUAAUGCAUAAUUAACGAGCGAACCGUCUGUCGGUAAUUAGGUUAAUAAUUGUAUAUAUGCCAGAGUUCAAAGAAAGUUGUGUAUAUUAUAUUUUAUCUUAUUUAUUUACUUACAUGGCAAUUCACGUUUUUCCUAACAUUCCAUUGUGUUGAUAACCAGAAGCCGGAAGUGGAAGUCCCAGUUGGUAGGAAACGGCAGGCCUAUUUAAAAA